UAUUGUCCAUGUCCAUCUUCAUCUUGAAAAAAAAAUAAAUAAAUAGAAAACAGGCGUCUCGCUACUUUGCCAAGUGGAGAAAAAUCACUUUAAUCUUAAUUUUCACAAAACUUUCACGAAAAUGGUUGCCACAAAUGAAACUCCAACUUCACCAGAAGAUGAACAAGCACCUGGUCAAGUAUUGGGCGAUUUGAUAAUGCAACUAGAGGACUACGUACCAACUGUACCAGACGCAGUCUCCGCCAGGUUCCUCAACGCAGCUGGAUUCGAAGCCACAGACCCGAGAAUAAUUCGAUUGAUGUCUGUCGCAGCUCAGAAAUUCAUUUCUGAUAUUGCAAAUGAUUCUUUGCAGCAUUGCAAAACCAGAACUAGUAAUACACAGCAUUCUUCAGGACAUGGUUCUUCCAAGAGCCAAAAACUAUCAAAGGAUAGGAAGUACACUUUAGCUAUGGAAGAUUUGACUCCAGCUUUGGCUGACUAUGGCAUUACUGUUAGAAAACCCCAAUACUUCGUCUAAGUCUAAGGAUGCAAAUUCGAAUUUGUUGGUAAUGUAUGUUUUGUUUUUACAAAAUAAACAAAAUGUAAAAUAUUUAUAGUUUAUCCAUUCUAUUCCGCUGGAAUGUGAAACAAAAAUGAAAUCAAAUGAAAUAAAUGUCAAAAAUGCGGGAAAUAGAA